AUGGACAGCUCCCUGGGCCCAGUGUUGGACAGCGGGUUCUAUCGCUUUCAGGAAAUCGCAAAGCUCUUUUAUCGACUCCAGGCUCUGGGGCUCGUGUUUAUCUCACAUGGUGCUGGGGAACACUGUGGCCGCUAUGAUGACUUGGCCCAGAUGCUGGCUGAACUUGACCUGUUGGUGUUUACUCAUGACCAUGUUGGCCAUGGGCAGAGCGAAGGUGAGAGAAUGAUCGUGUCUGAUUUCCAAGUUUUCGUCAGGGAUGUGUUGCUCCAUGUGGAUCUCAUGCAAAAAGAAUACUCUGAGCUUCCUAUCUUCCUUCUGGGGCAUUCCAUGGGAGGGGCCAUUGCAAUCCUAACUGCUGCCGAGAGACCAAAUAAUUUUUCUGGCAUGGUGUUGAUUUCACCUUUGGUGGUCGCCAGUCCAGAAUCAGCAACAACUUUCAAGGUCCUUGCUGCAAAAGUUCUCAACCUUGUUCUCCCCAAUCUAUCCCUGGGGACCAUCGACUCCAGCGUGAUCUCCCGAAAUCAGACUGAGGUGGAUUCCUACAAUGCAGAUCCCCUGAUCUGCCAUACAGGGUUGAAGGUUUGCUUUGGCAUCCAGCUGCUGAAUGCUGUAUCCCGCGUGGAGAGGGCCCUCCCCAGGCUGACACUGCCAAUCCUGCUGCUGCAGGGAUCUGCCGACAAGCUAUGUGACAGCAAGGGAGCCUACGUCCUCAUGGAAGCUGCCAAAAGCCAGGACAAGACCCUGAAGGUGAAUCCAAGCUGUGUGUCUACACCACCAGCCCCAAGGCUAUGUGGGAUUGUGAGGUUGGAGGGUAGACCUGGGGCAGAUCUUGGGGGUCACUGAGUCUAAGAAGGAGUCUGAGGAUCACAGGGGUACCCUGAAGUUUAGAAUGUCCUAGAGGCCCACAGGGGUUGAGAUUUGAACUGGGGUCCUGUGACUCUCCCUACAGCCCCACACUCUUCUGUAUCAGGCCUGAGAGUAUGUCAUGCCCAGGGUUACCUCUGAGCUGUAGCAUGGAAAUGGUCUGAAACACCGUGACCACUGAUGCCCAUUCUGAGAGGUGGGCGCCUAUCUGGUGUGGGUGCGUAGAGGAGAAGGACUAUGCACACAUACAUGUGUUAUGUGUAAAGGGGAAGGACAGAAUAAACAUAUAUUUAAAUAUAUGUAUA